AUGUUCAACAUCGUCGAUCCUGGUCUUCAUCCACCACCACACUUACCCCCCCAUUGCGAACCGGCCCAAAAACAAAGGACCCCGGAUGUGGGCCGGCGCGGCCUUGAGCCUGCCCUCAUCUCUCCCUCCCACCACCUCACUCUUCACCACCACGACGAGGCCGAUGAAGAGGACCACGGCAAGGCCAACAACAAGGACCAUGACGAGGCCCCCCUCUCACCCAUUUUCGCCUCUCCCUUCCCCGUCGCAUCGCCCAUCCUCGCCCUCUCGCCUCCACCCUCACCUCUCUCGCCCUCGCCACCCCUACCCUCUCACUCCUGCACCUCACCUGAACCCUCCGUCCCCAAAACGACCAGCAGGGGGGGAACCAUGAACGACCAGGGGGAAACGACUGCGAACGACGGGCUAGGGACAGAGAACGACGACGGGGGUGACAAAGAACCACGACCAAGGGGGGAGGGGGUGACAGAGAACGACGACCGGGGAGGGGCGUCGGAACAACAACCAGCGGGGGCCGACGGAGAAUGA